AUGGCAGCUUCGAAGAAGGAUUUACAAAAGAGCAAAUUAGUGAUCAUGUUCGACGAGGAGGAAGGCGUGGAUUACGGUGGACCGUCGCGUGAAUUUUUUUUUCAUCUGUCGCGCGAACUUUUCAACCCUUACUACGGGUUGUUCGAGUAUUCCGCUAACGACACGUACACCGUACAAGUGUCGCCGAUGUCGGCUUUCGUGGAUAAUUACCACGACUGGUUCAGAUUCUCCGGUAGAGUGUUGGGAUUGGCUUUGGUACAUCAAUAUCUUCUCGAUGCCUUUUUCACGAGGCCGUUUUACAAAGCUCUCCUCCGAAUACCGGCGAGCCUCAGCGAUUUGGAAAGUUUGGAUCAAGAGUUUCAUCAGAGUCUGAUGUGGAUCAAAGAGAGGGACAUAAGCAUCGAGCCGUUAGAGUUGACCUUCUCCGUGACGGAGGAGCUGUUGGGACGAGUGGCCGAACGGGAACUAAAACCGGGCGGCAGAAACAUCGCCGUUACCGAGAAGAAUAAAAAGGAAUAUCUCGAACGCGUCGUACGUUGGAGACUCGAACGAGGAAUCGCCGAACAAACGGAGUCGUUGGUGCGCGGAUUCUACGAGGUCGUGGAUCCGCGAUUGGUAUCGGUGUUCGAUGCACGUGAAUUGGAACUGGUGAUAGCCGGGGCAGCAGAGAUCGAUCUGAACGACUGGAGGGCUCACACCGAAUACAGAAGCGGUUAUCACGACGCUCAUCCGGUCGUGGAGUGGUUUUGGAGCAGCAUCAGUCGAUUUACCAAUGAACAACGGCUGAGAUUACUACAAUUCGUCACUGGUACGUCGAGCAUUCCGUACGAAGGAUUCGCGGCUUUACGCGGAUCCACAGGGCCGCGAAAGUUUUGCAUUGAAAAAUGGGGAAGACCCAACAGUUUGCCCAGGGCUCAUACGUGCUUCAAUCGUUUGGAUCUUCCACCGUAUCCUACGCCUGAAAUUUUAUACGAAAAGCUGUUGUUGGCAGUGGAAGAAACGAACACCUUCGGGAUAGAGUAAGUCGCGCAGACGACCCGAACGACCAUCUGCUGUGCACCAAGUUUCGUUCGAACCACAAGUAUUAACAGAUCCAAAGACCCGUCAUUGGUAAUGGUAAUUCUACCUAUCGUUCUCGAAUCUCGAGUGAUCCGCGAUUCCAUUCUUUAGAUGCCAGCGGCAGAAUCAAAACUGUAUCAAAAUGUAAAUAUUUAAGAGAGAGAAAGAGAGAGAGACAGAGAGAGACCGUUUCGCGCGCAUAUUUUGAACGUAUUUUCUCGACACGAUUCUGAUACGACAUACUUACGUAUAAUAAUGUCUCGUAAAAAUACUCUUGGAACAAAUCGUUCGACGAAAACGAUGCUGAAGUAGCUGACUGUUGCGUUUUCACAGAAGGACAUGUACCAUAGUUACAUUGCUAAUUUAUUAAUUUAUUCCGUAGUUAGUUAGUUAAUUAGUUAGUAGAUACGAUAAUGAUUUCUAGUCCAUUCGAACGUUGAAUAUCGUUGCUAUUUUUUCCGAAUAUUUCCAACUAUUCCACGCAUUCCAAUUCUUUUUAGAGUCGUCAUGAUUAAUUUACAUUAGCUGCGCGAACCAGAACCAGAUGUUUAGAAAAUAACAAAUUUUUACUGCAUAUUUAGAUGCGAUACACGAUGCGUCGUGCACGAUCUCGGGAGAUGCCGCAGACUAUUAUAAACGUCCUUCCGAUCGGUUCGUCGGCGUGAUCGUCGAGAAAGAUCGACAAACAAUGCGAAAUCGAUAAGAACAACGGGGAUAAUGAUUAAUCGUUGUCAGCUUUAGGUUCCGGUUCCGCGUUUGAACAGCUUACCGAGUGGUCGAGUCGAUGCGUAAAACAUGGUUCGCAAUUUUGUUACGUUGAGACUAACUUCAAAAGAAGCACUAGCCAAGAAUUAUUACUAUAUAUAUACACACACACACACACGCGCGCGCGCGCGUUUGUUACUCGAAGGAUUGGUGGUUAGUGGAUAUGUACAUACAUACAUACAUACAUACAUAGACACACACACACACAUAUACACUCCCUCCCAUGCUUCAAGAUUCAACCUCUACCUCUUGAACUUCAAAUAUCGCUUAGGUGGCUUUUACAGAAAAAUAUUUUCUCUCAUUCAUUUUUCAUUCUCUUCCUCCUGAUCCUCUUAAAUCCCCGGCCCUUAAAGUAUACACACUGAUGCGCAAAUACGCAUGGGAACAUUGGGAACGGCUAUGGGAACGACGAGAACAGACCUAAUCCUACUUCGUGCUUUUCGUCUAUCUGAGAUCGUUCGAGUUCACGCGUUAAUAACAAAUGACGAUGACCGGUGGCGGCGGCGAUGUCGAUAUAAAUAACGAUACCAACGUUAGCAUUAGUAGUAACUAAUAGCAAUGAUGUUAUUCAUUCGACAUCGAACGGAAGUAUGUACUAAUAUCAUGUGAUGAUCGUUGAAAUCGACUUGCACUUUCUAUUAUCCGUAAACUAGUCACAUAGAAUACAUAGUAAAUAUACGGUAGAUUACUUGGAGUAUAAUAAUGUAUGUACAACAAGAUGACAUAGGCAGGUGUGAUCUUCGAUCUUGCAAUUAGAUGACACACACAUACACACACACACACGCACACACAUUUACAAGGAACCGUGAUCGUGUGAAAGCAUUCUUUACUUUAUUGUUAAAGAAAAUAAAAUGUGCCUCUUUUGUUAUGUUACAUUGAA